CCCCGCGAGGAUUAUCUUUCUUUCGUUUUCAUUUCCCGGAAGGAUCGAAUGUGAAAACAGUAGAGUUUUCGUUGUUUCAUUUAAAAUGGAGUUUGGGGAGGUUUAACCUGCCGUUUGUUUCAUUUAUUGGCGACCUGUGUGUCUGCUUAGAAGGAAAUCAUCUUUUUUUUUUUUCGUACAGCCGAGUAAUAAAGGGACAUUUCCAUGGAGAACAUUUCCCCGUCACCUUUGGUCAAGCAAGAAAACAGAGCAAACAGUCCUACAUCCCUAAUGCAUGGAAGCCAAGUCAACAUUCCUCUCACUGUCCAUCAAACCCCCCCUAACCAGCUUCCUUUGGUCAGUCCUCCCACUCAGGAAGACCUGUGGCAUCUACCUGGACAGCUCCGAAUAAACCCAUCUCUGUGGGAUAAGGAGGAUGUGGCCCACUGGCUCCACUGGGCUCAGAAGGAGUAUUCACUGCGCCGGCCCGAAAAGGGACGCUUUGAGAUGAAUGGUCGAGCCUUGUGCCUGCUCACCAAGGAAGACUUCAGACGCCGCUGUCCCAGCUCUGGUGAUGUUCUGUAUGAGAUCCUACAGUGUGUAAAACAGCAAAGGAGGAGCGUUGUGUGUGACCCCCCAAAUGCGUCUCCCUCCUUGGCAACUGGGAGCACCCAGAGCCCAGUCAGCUGCCACAUACCCCUGCAGAGUGUCAAAGAGCCCAAGCCUCCCUCAGUCAAUGGCAACCAAGUUUCCCUUGCUUUCACAACUGCAGUGUCGGCAGCUGUUGUAACCGCUGUGACCACCCAACCACAGCCUAUGUCACCUCUCAGAGAUCGUCCUACAAUCUUUCGCACCUACACUACUCCACUCACACAUACUAAUGGAGCAGUAGCUGUUUUUACAUUGCCCCACAACCAAGUUCAGUGUCCUCCCAAAACAGAGAGUGUCACCCAGGAGCCGCUCAAUCUCUCCAGCCGAGAGAAGCAGAGGAGCCCACUGCAUAAAGCCAACGGCCGCAUCCCAGAGUGCAGACUGCUGUGGGACUACGUGUAUCAGCUCCUGUGUGACGACCGUUACCAAGAAUACAUUCGAUGGGAAGACCAAGACAGCCUGGUAUUCAGGGUUGUCGACCCCAACGGACUGGCACGUCUCUGGGGAAACCACAAGAACCGAGACAAUAUGACCUAUGAGAAAAUGUCCCGUGCUUUGCGGCACUACUACAAGCUCAACAUCAUCAAAAAGGAGCGAGGACAAAAGCUCCUCUUCAGGUUUCUGAAACUCCCACAUGACAUCAGGAAACCACAGGCUGACCCUGCAGAGUCCCCAGAACACACUUCUCAGGACGGGGACUUUCCAGACAGCAGUCCUAUACCUGAGUUCAGUGAGGACCAUUUUGAGGUUUCCCCUGAUCGUGCUUCUCCACAGCCUCCUCCAUAGAAAAACAUUGCAUUAAUGUCCUUAAUACAAUACAACACAUUUUAUUGCAGAAUAAUGUGGAGAUUGUGGUGUAUUUAUCUUGCGUUUUUGAGCUUCAGAGAGUAACCCAUGCAUAUAAAGGUUUAAAAAAAAUGCACAGUUGUUUGUAUUGUUAGGAAUCUUUGCACUGUGAGAUUGCUUUACAUUUUGCUGUGAAUCAAUGUAUGUAUCACUGUGAUCAGAAUGAACACUAAUUUUAAGGGCAAGGAAGAUGGUGAAUAUUAAAACAGCCAAAUAAUAAUCAUAACUAAAAUAUCUCAGGCUUGCUCAACCGAAUUGCAUUACAAAAGUUGCACUUGUUUUCAUAUAUUAUACAGGUCUAGCAGUUAAGUGGUGGAAAUGACUGUGAAAUUGUUCCAGUUUGUUUGUUCUUGCAGGGUAAAUGCCAUUUUGUACACGCUGUGCAGUUUGUUGGUUUUACAUAUAGUUUUGCUUAAUUAGCUCCAAGUUGAGGCAUUUAAAAAGAUGUGGACUUUCCUAUAGGUACAUUAUCAAUGUUUUUCCUGCUUUGUAAAAUAAAUAUUUUGUAUUGAAUACUUUGUAUGGCA